AUGCAGCAGCACACGCUCCUCGUGGUGGGAGGUGCAGGCUUCCUCGGUAGCGCCAUCUCCAAAGCGGCUCUCGCCAAAGGCUGGCGUGUUCUGUCCAUCUCGCCCUCCGGAACGCCCUACCACACUCCCGCGGGUCACCGUCCAGCAUGGUCAUCAAAUCCCAACAUCGAAUGGCAUGCUGCUGAUGCGCUCGACCCCGCAUCGUAUGCUCAUCUAGCUGAUCGUGCUACAGCUGCUGUGCAUACGGUCGGUAUCUUACUCGAGUCGGACUACAAGUCGAAAUCAUCUUCAGCCUCACCGAUUCGCAAUGCGAUCGCUGGCGUCGCCAAAGGUUGGGGAUGGAACGUCGGUCGAUCAGGGGGAGACUCAAAUCCGCUUCAGGAUGCCAAGUACGCAGAUGGGAACCAAGUACAGGCAGCUGCCUCAUCUUCUCGCGGCAAAGGCCGCUUCAGCUACGAACAUAUGAACAGAGACAGCGCCGUUGCCGUCGCUCAUACUUUCCUGUCCUCCUUACGACACCGAUCACUGCAUUCAGCAGGGACGUCAGCGUCGGCGUCGCUGGCCUCACCGGCACCCUUCAUCUACAUCUCGGCCGAGGACCUCUUCCGACCAGUGGUCGAUGCCAGGUACAUUCGCACGAAGCGUCAGGCUGAGUCGGCGAUCGCUCGCCUUGCUGCGCAUCACCAUGCUCCUCGACCGCGCGCUUCAUCCCAGGACACCCCCCGAGCGACCAUCUUAGACUCGGACGGAGCAGGCUUGGAAGCCGAACUCCGGGACGAGGCAGCCGCUGAAUCGUCGUCACCCCUGGAUCCCGACCAGUCACAUACCGACUCAAACGCAUCACACGGCUACGUGCGUCCGGUCUUCCUGCGCCCCGGUCUCAUGUACCACCCACACACUCGACCAGGCUCUACGCUGCCAGCUGCCAUCUUGGAGGCAUCAGCAGCGCUGCACCGCUCUCCACCUCUUCCGCUUCCCAUCCCGACUCCCGCUCAAUUGAUCGCCCGACUCGGAGCCGGCAGCAGUUCCUCGCAGUCCGUGUCGCGUCUGCUCACCACUCCGCCACUGCACGUCGAUACCGUCGCCAAGGCGGUCUGCGCCGCCAUUGAAGACCAGGAAGUGUUUGGUCCGGUGGACGUCUACGGCAUUCGAAAGCUGGCUGGAUGGAAGGACGAGGCUUCGCUCAACGCCAGCGUGAAAGGGGAGAGUGGAUCAGGUGCUGCGAGACCGUGGCCGUCCAACUACCAGCAGCCAUUGCAGGGUGCUUCCCGACCGUCCUCGUCGUACGCUGCGGGGCACACUGCUGCUGGAGUGCCCUUGGGGCAGUCAAGGACCUAUUCUUCGCGACCUCGUCUCUCAACAACGGCUUCUGAAAAAGCGCUGCAGCUGUCGAGGCGCACUCUCUUCGGACUGCCCGACCUAGGCAAGCUGGCAUCUAGCGCCCUCUCCUCCGCUGCGCCCGGGACCAGCAAAGACGCCGACUCUCGCUCGUACCGGGAUGCGCAAGGCCGAACAAUCUACGAGACGUCCAAGAUCCUCGCGCACCCGGCCCAAACACUCUUCGACGUAGUCGCUGACGUGGAGUCGUACAAGCAAUUUGUGCCGUACUGUCAAGACUCGCGCGUCCUUGGGCCGGCCCCGCCUCCUGCACCUCAACCAGCCGUUCUCGCAGACCUCACUGUCGGCUUUGGUCGCUUCUCGGAAACCUACACGUCCCAAGUCUCGCUCCACGAGGGGAAGAAAAGCAGCAGCGUCGUGGCCGAGGCGGUCCAGCCCAAUCCGGUGUUUUCGUUCCUCUCCACAACGUGGACCUUCGAGCCCUUGGAAGGCGGAAGGACGCUGGUGGGGUUCAGCCUGGUGUAUGCAUUUCGGAACCCAGUGUACGGCGCGGUGGCAGGGAACGUGUUCGAGCAGAUGAGCGCUCAGAUGAUCGAUGCGUUUGAGAAGCGCGCGGAUCGAUUGCAUUCCGCCCAGUCACGCAAGUGA